AUGCCGACACCUGGCUGCACAUCGAGUCGUGCCCUCUCGAAUCGAUACAUCGGUCUCGGGCUUGCCAAAAUCAUAUUCCAAGCUGUCGCGCAGUCCCCGCUUGCGCACGCAGCACCUCUGAAUGUAUUGUUAGCGAAAGAUGACGAGGAGGGAAAGACGCCCGAUGACCCCUCGCUAUGGUUGUAUCUCGGUGUCGCAGCAUUGUUGGUGCUUCUAGGGGGAGCGUUUGCGGGGCUGACUAUCGCCUUGAUGGGACAGGAUGAGAUGUACCUGCGGGUAAUCAAGGAGUCUGGAGAAGGACGAGAGAAAAAGAAUGCCACCAAGGUGCUCCAUCUACUGGAGCGUGGUAAGCAUUGGGUUCUGGUCACACUGCUCCUCAGCAACGUCAUCACCAACGAAACGCUCCCCAUCGUUCUUGAUCGGUCGCUCGGCGGAGGCUGGCCUGCUGUCCUAGGCUCGACAGUCUUGAUCGUCAUAUUCGGCGAAAUUGUUCCUCAGUCGAUAUGCGUGAGAUAUGGCCUGCCAAUUGGUGCCUGGAUGGCACCGGCGGUCCUUACGCUCAUGUACGCUAUGGCACCUGUGGCGUGGCCAACGGCGAAGCUGCUCGACUAUCUACUUGGCGAGGAUCACGGCACUGUGUACAAGAAAGCUGGUCUGAAGACUCUAGUCUCUUUUCACAAAAAUAUGGGAGAUCUUGAUGAGCAGCUCAACACGGACGAAGUGACGAUCAUCAGCGCAUGCCUGGAUCUGAAAGACAAAGCGAUUGGAUCGAUCAUGACUCCAAUGGACGACGUCUUCACCCUGUCUCUCGACGACGUCUUAGACGAGGAAAUGAUGGACGACCUCUCGUCUCGCGGCUACUCUCGGAUACCCGUCCAUCAUCCUGACAACAACGAGAAUUUCAUAGGCAUGUUGCUGGUAAAAAUGCUUAUCACAUAUGACCCAGAAGACGCCAAACCUGUCCGCGAAUUUGCUUUGGCCACGCUUCCGGAGACUCGUCCCGAUACAAGCUGCCUCGACAUCAUCAACUUCUUCCAAGAAGGAAAGAGCCAUAUGAUACUCGUUAGUGAGCAUCCGGGCGAAGAUCGUGGCGCCAUUGGAGUGGUCACCUUAGAAGACGUCAUCGAGGAGCUCAUUGGAGAGGAGAUUGUGGACGAAUCUGAUGUUUUUAUUGAUGUUCACAAGGCGAUCCGACGAGCAAUGCCCGCACCUAGGAUGCGCGUGCCUAAGGGCCAUGUCGUGGAGGAUUCUGCCGCGAAAGCUCAAAAUGGUGAUCUGGUGAACAUUGGCGAGCAUGAGACGCUAUCUCCCUCGGACAUACAACGACCAAAACGCGAGCUUAACCUUGAAGACAUCAAACGAUCCGAUUCACAGCAACGACGCCGAUCAAGCACGAACAGCAAAGGCGAAGACAUCCGACCACUGCGCAAGACGACGACCGAUGAAGUCAGAGAGCACCUCAAGCAUCUAGGCCCAUCAAAUCUGGCGAGCCGUCCAAAGACCACACGUUUCCAGUCGGUCAAGAUCAAACCCGGUUCGUUGUCUGGGGCAACUACCAGGCUUCCCACCACGGACGGUCGUGUCACACCCCAGCGUCGGAUAUCCGAAUCAGCAACCAGCUUCCACGGCGGCAUUGGUGAGGGCAUUCUGAACAGUGCUGGGAAGCAAGCGAGCGACGGCGUGCAAGCAUUGCAGGCCGCGGGCUAUGGCACUAUGAGUGGUUCUCCCAACGAGCGACGUCCAGCCAGUGCGAAUAAAGCUGUGCAGGCAGGAGCGGCAGCCGGAGAUGGCACUAACUCGGGGCAUCUCAGUCCAGAUGAGCCGCGGAGGAAGCGAUCGGACAGCACUAGCACGGUCGGAAGUCUGCCAGAAAGCCGGCCUCGAUCGCGCAGUCCUUUCUACAAAUCACGCGCUCGGACUGGCAGUCUGACUACCACUGAGAUCGAGGGGACCUUUGCGCCAAAAGCAGUGCUCGUGUAUACGUCUGGCAGCGAAUCAAAUGACGAGAACGACAACAGUGGCGCUAACAAGGGUCAUCAGUCUACGAACAAAGGUCCGCAUGGCGAUGGUGACAGUCCGUCGAAGACAAAGCGGCGCAAAAAGAAGCGACCGCAGAAUGGGGAGGAGGAGCCAUUGUUGCGGUAA